AUGAACAGGGCGCAGCUGAAGCGGACGGGGAUCCUGCGGAUGGCGCUGGGCGGCGGUGCCGCCGACCCGCUGCUGCCGGCCGAGGAGGGCGCGGGGCGGCCGGCGCCCUUCGUGCUGCGGGCGCUGCGCAUCGCCCUCGUGGUCUGCCUCUACUGGUUCACCUCCAUCACCAUGGUCUUCCUCAACAAGUACCUGCUGGACAGCCCCUCGCUGCGCCUCAAUGCGCCGCUCUUCGUCACCUUCUUCCAGUGCGCCCUCACGGCCGCGCUGUGCCUGGGGCUCAGCCUGGGCGCUGCCUGCGGGCCCCCCGGCUGCCCCGGCCUGCCCGCCCUGCGCCUCGACCCCAAGGUGUCCCGCAGCGUCCUGCCCCUCUCUGUCGUCUUCAUCGGCAUGAUCACCUCCAACAACCUCUGCCUCAAGUACGUCGGCGUGGCCUUCUACAAUGUGGGGCGCUCGCUCACCACCGUCUUCAACGUGCUGCUCUCCUACGUGCUCCUCAAGCAGACCACGUCGCUCUACGCGCUGCUGGCCUGCGGCGUCAUCAUAGGUGGCUUCUGGCUGGGUGUUGACCAGGAAGGGGCAGAGGGCACUCUGUCAUGGACCGGUAUAUUCUUCGGGGUCUUGGCAAGCCUGUGCGUCUCGCUCAACGCCAUCUACACAAAGAAGGUGCUGCCAGUGGUGGAUGGAAGCAUCUGGCGCCUGACCUUCUACAACAACGUGAAUGCUUGUGUCCUCUUCCUCCCCCUCAUGAUGCUGCUGGGCGAGUUCCACACCCUCUACCGCUUCGACAAGCUGGGCAGCCCCAGCUUUUGGGGCAUGAUGACCCUGGGGGGGGUGUUUGGCUUUGCCAUUGGGUAUGUGACUGGACUCCAGAUUAAAUUCACUAGCCCGCUCACCCACAAUGUCUCUGGGACAGCCAAGGCCUGUGCCCAAACAGUGCUGGCUGUUGUCUAUUUUGAGGAGACAAAGAGCUUCCUGUGGUGGAUGAGUAACUUGAUGGUUCUGGGGGGUUCCUUUGCCUAUACGUGGGUGAAAGGCCUGGAGAUGAGGAAGGAACAAGAAGAGCCUAAUCUCAGAAACAAUGAAAAAAAUGAGACGGGUGUAUAAGCCACUCCAGCCUCACAUUUGUUUCUGUGUCUGGGGAGAUAAUUUUCACGUGAAAGGAGCCAGGAAAAAAAGCUGACCUUACAACUAUAUGAAGAGCUGUGUCAGGAGCUGGCGCUAAAGGCCUGUCUGGAUUGUGUUUUAUCUGCGGAUUUCACCCUGCCUCUGGAAUGGGAAAGCAUGUGUUGGAGAGACUGAUAAGUUACCACAAUCUCUUUUUAAAAUGGGUGUUUCUGAUCUAAUCUGGACAAUCUUGCUUUGCUGGAGGUUGAAGAUACAGUGGGCAAAGACCAGAAUGAGAGCUGUGUAUAUCCGGUCAUACAGAUUGACAGUGAAGUGAAUAACAUAGCUUGAGUCAAAAAUCUUGAACCUCCAUGGAAGGAAGAAGCAGAUAGCCAGACUGUCAGGAAUACUCUCCAGUAAAGUGUUCCUCUGAAGUAGAAUUGGCAAUAGCAGUUCUUUCUGUAACUCACUUUAAAGCAAGUGAUUGGAAACAUCCUCCCUUCUAGUUCUGUACAACUCUAAGCAGAGGCUGCGCCUCUCAGUCUCACUCCUGAAGAGCCAGCAUCUCUUCCUGUUGAGUUCUCUUGGCUCUGGGUUGCUGCUGGCUGUAUUUGUAGCUUAAGAAACUAUCUAAGAGGCACAGACAAAGCUUCUCAAUUCCCUCUGUAGGUUUGUGAGGGAGAGCAUGCUGUCUGAGGCGGCGUGUCCUUGUUAAAGAGGAGCAAGACUUCUGCCUUUACCAGCCCCUGAAGGGAGGGGAAAGCUUCUAAAGUACUUGCUUCCGUAGGUCAAAGCUCAAGUCUGUCCACUUCCCGCUCUGCAGGGGGAGGUUUGUGUCUGACAACUGUGUUGUCACAGGCUGGGCUGGUUUCAAGCAACUUGUGCCAUGCCUCUGGGGCUGGUGACUUCAUUGCCAAAAAUGAAAACAAAUUCCCAGUUGUGCCCAGCUACGUCAGUCCCUUUAACUGGAGCACGCAUCUAGGCGUCCUCAAAGUAGUUACCAGGCUGCAGAGUCUUGCACCCUACCCACUGAUGUGCGAGUGCGGCCGGAGGCUGCUGCAAAGCCAUGGUGUGUGCACCUCGAUG